UGAACACUCAAAAAAUGAUUGAACUAUUUGCAAGCGAUAACAACGAGCUACAUAAAAAAGUUCGGGAAACUUUAGAAUUUUUAGGUAUUGAAGAUCCCAGUCCGACUCCAGUACCAAGAUAUCUAUCAAAACAGCUGGAGUACCUAAACGAGCACGAAAAGUUGAUACAAAGCUACGUUCCGAGACUUACACAAUCUCAGAAUACGCACGCUCUCAGAAUACUAAGCGAGCAGUUGUUCCUACUAAAGGAGCAGAGGAAGGGAUUGAACGCCCAGUACCAUCUAGUCCAGCGUUUUAACGCCUGUAUUGCACCUCGGCCCCUCCUUCUAAACGGUACCUCACCCCGCACCAACGGACCCCUCCCUCCUCCCAACAUGUCCAGUACCCGAGUACCCGGCACUUCACCAUCCUUCUCCCCUGGUUAUCAUCCUCUACCUCCUAACUCAUUCCUCGCUAACAACUCCGUUCUUAGUGCUCCCCCGCUGGGUGCUGCCCCCUUAGGUACCGUACCACUAGGUACCGUACCUCUAGGUACCGCACCUUCAGGACUUGGUCCCUCUCCCUCGCUGCUAGGACCCCUCCUGCCUACUAACCAGCAGAGUACGAUACUAGGACAACUUAACAGUACCCCUCCAGCUAACAGUCACCACACUUCUCUGUCUCCUGUUUUCAACACUUCCACCAGCAGUGCAGGGCCUCCCCCUGGCUGGCCUACUUUCAACAGUGCUCCACCCUCCUUCGGGAGCAACUCUUCCAGCGCCUUUAGUACUAUCAACAAUACGAGGAGCAGUCCGAUGAGUAGCAGUUUGUUUCCAAAUGAACCCUCAGUUGGCAGCAGUGUGAUAGGAGCUCCACUUUAUAACAGUAAUAACGAUACUUCGCCUGAAACAACUGGGCCUGCAACGCCAACUACUGUACCUAACAGAAACCUGGGAGCAAUUGGAGAGAAACACUUCUAACUCCUUCAUCAAACUUACAGUUACAUUGAAACUUUUCAAUUUUUCUACGAAUGGGUUGUAUUUCCCACCACAUCUGAAGGACAUCUUCUCCUUGCCUCUAAUAAAUACCUUGUGUGAUACUUGGUAGUUUUAACUGGUGGCAAUGUGUGGACAUUGUAUGGUAACUCUUAGUAAACGAUACCUAUAAUGCUAACAUGUCUAGUAUAAAUGUUAGCAGCAUCGUUUACAACCCAACUCCAACUUGUCAUGUCAUUUGUCGUGACAAAGUUCAAGUUGUCAUGACAACAACAAUAUGUUGUCAUGGUAACAGGGUAACAUGCACUCUCUGUAGCAAGUUGUGGUUGUUGCUAUUUUUCCCGUAAUAACUUAUAUCGGGGUGAAAAAAGUCUGUUUCGCAGUACUGUGUACUGUGUUACUAAUACUAAGGUAGCUGUGUACUAAAGGUGCUAUUAUUAUAGUGCAGUAGUGUUACUGUACUAUAAUAUAUAACUUUUAGACUUCUACUACUGCUGCUGGUAGUGGUGGUAUUCUGUAUUAUAUAAUGUUAAAAACGCAGCACGCUUUAUUUUUUGGUUUAAAUAUUCGUAUAAAUCUGAAGAUGUAACUAGUGGCGGCUAGUUUCUAAUAGUAAUAAGAUGUAAGGGUUUAGAUGUUCGUAAUAUUGUUAGAGACUAGAAUCUAGAUUUGUGUAAAUAUUAAAAUAUCGCCUGACACAGCUCUGCGUUUAAUUUUGGUGGAUUCAUUUUCCUUAAAUAAUUGUAAAAAGUUAAUAUAGCAACUAAAUUGAACGCAGAGUUGUUGAAGGUUGUUUAGUGUAACUGUAAUAUCAACAAACGAAUUUUCGAAGUUUUAUAGGUUAGUUUAGUCGUUUGUGUUUUGUUGUACUGGAUGUAACCAUUUUGUUACCAUGGCAACAGUAAGGUUUGAUAGCUAAACUACCCGGGAAAUAAUUAUGUGAAUAUUUAGUCGAAUCUAACUCAUACUUUUCUUGUCACGUGACUCGAGCUCUCUGAUUGACUAGUUUUUGUCUUGUGGGGUUGUCACUUCGUUAACUUUUUCUUAUCUUAGUUAUGGCUGUUAGCUAUAAGAUGUUGGCAGCUGAACGUAUGAGAACUUUAAAUAGUAUUCAUAGUCAGCUGGCACCUCGCCAGGAACUUACUUACUUACCUUUACUGUGAUACUUACGAGUAUUUUAAAUUUGUUAAUGGUGUGCCGAGAGAUUUUUUAGAAAAUUAAAGCAAGUACUCCAGUACCAGAGUGUAGUUAACCGGAGUAAAGCCAGUUUGGAAAAGAGCCGUGUGUUUGUGUGGGGUUCCGAGGAUUAGAUGAGAUUCCAGUUAUAAGCUCAUCCCUCUGACUCUGCCAGUAAUUCAAGAUAUUACUCGCGUAACCAUGACAACAGAUAUUAGUCAGAUUUUAUCAUUUUCCAACUUUGAUUUCUUGAAAAUGACGCGCGGUUCUUUGUGGCGCUUGCUGUGAAGUUUUUUAUUUAUUGCAUUUUAUCUUGUAAACUGUACAAUAGUUCAAACUUCCACAUAGUUACAAUUUUGAAAUUCGUGUUUU